AUGUUGCGGAAGUUUGAUACCGUCAUUGUGCUAGAUGAUUCCAGUUCAAUGUAUGGUCCUUCUUGGACUGAAGCUACAGAGGCUUUAUCAGCCCUGGCAAACAUGGCUGGUAGAUAUGACGAUGACGGCAUAGAUAUCUAUUUCCUGAAUAGCCCCCAGUCCGGAAGAAACAUCAAGACUGACGAGGAGGUCAGAACACUUUUGUCGUCUGUUCGUCCCAAAGGUGUCACACCCAUAGGAGGGAGGUUAGAUGAUCUAUUGGGAGAUUACCUUCAUCUCCUUGAGUCCAAGACUUAUGAGGAGUUGAAGCAGAUUAAACAUAGAAAUUACAUCGUCAUAACCGACGGCCAAGCUACGGAUGAUCCCGCCACGGUCAUCGCAUCUGUGGCGCAACGUCUCGACAGAGGGUAUUUCCCUCAGACGCAGGUCGGUAUACAGUUCAUUCAGAUCGGUAAUUCGAGCAAAUCUGCUCGAUACUUAAGGGAGCUAGACGACGACCUUCGUAAUCAGUAUGGCAUUCGGGACAUGGUUGAUACGACUGAGCACCAUGGACAACUAACUGGAGAAUAUCUCAUCAAGGCGCUCAUUGGAGGCAUAAACCGUCGGGUUGACAACCAUGGUGCUAAGUCUGUAAUAGAUCGUUAG